AAAGAUGAAAAAGGGAGCAAAUAAAUAUGAUUCCAAUGGCGAGAACUGUGAGCUGAGAGUGAGCAAGCAUGAGUCUCAUUGCAGGUUCCUACGAGAAGUUCGUAUGGGGCUUUAACCUAAGCCUUACCCAGCUCUUCUCCUACCCCUCUCACCUUUCCUCCAUCAAGACAGUAGCCGUCGGCGGUCCUGUCGCCGCUUCCGCCGGGGGUGAUGAAACCAUCAAGCUGUAUGACCUUCCCUCUUCCACCGAAAUCGCCACUAUAACCCCCCUCGAGUCCUCAGCCACAGCCCUCUCCUUCUACACACCUCCUUCACUCUCCUUUCCCCUCAAUCUCAUAUCUGCUUCCGAAGAUGGAGGCGUCUCCAUCUACGACGCCAACCCUUUCGUCCUCCUCAAAACGGUCUCCGCCCACAAGAAGGCGGUCAACGAUCUCUCCGUGCAUCCCUCGGGAAAGUUGGCUCUCACUGUGGGGCGCGAUUCUUGCUUGGCGAUCGUGAAUUUGGUGAGAGGACGGAGGAGCUUUUAUUGCAGGCUGGGGAAGGAGGCGACGCAUGUGAACUUCAAUUCGGAAGGGGAUAAGUUCUUUAUGGUUGCUGAAGAUAAGCUCUCUGUCCACGAAUCGGAAGAUGCACGGCUGGUCUUCGAAUUGGAGUGCCAAAAGCGGGUUCUUUGUGCCACGCCUGGCUCGAGUGGACUUCUAUUUACUGGUGGUGAGGAACGGAAUAUUACAGCAUGGGACACUAUCAGUGGGAAGGUUGCAUAUUGCAUUGAGGGUGCACAUUCGGCUCGUGUAAAAGGUAUUGUCGUGCACACUAGGAAUGAUGGAGCUUUAGCUGGUGAUGAUCCAUAUAAGGUGUCAUCUGCAUCAUCAGAUGGUGUUAUACGUGUUUGGGAUGUCCGCAUGGCUGUAAAGGAGAAGCCAAAUCCGUUAGCUGAGGCUAAUACAAAAUCAAGGUUGACAUGUCUUGCAGGAUCAUCUCUUAAAUCUUUCAGACGGAAAAAGGUUGGAAAGAAUGUUCCGAAGGAGGAGCAGAGUGGAAGAAUGGAAAGCUCAUGACAUCCAGUAACUCCAGUUAUAUGUGCAUUUUUGGUGUUGCCGAGUCGAACUCCUUGUGAACAUAUAUAGAAAUAGAAUUUUGGCUCUCUUGAUCCAGCAAUUCAGUUUUGACAAGUGGAAGAGCUAUAUAUAAUUAUUUAGAUAUAAUUGUCAUUUAACUCAGAAAAAUACCACACAAAUUUCUCCCGUUAUAGUGUUCCUUGUGUCCAUUCUCACAUUACAUGAAGAAUAGUUUCAUUUUGUGCUUAAAAA